AUGGCGGACCAAGAGGAGACUUUUGUCCUCCAGAACUCUCCCGGUGGCUCGGAUUCACGGGAAUUACCGAGCGACAAUAAAUCAGAGAAACAGAACGGGGCUUCCAGCAAAUCCCCCUCAUCGCAGACGACUUACAUCCAGCAGGGCAUGGAGGGAAUUAAAGUGUACCUGCACGAAAGGGAGCUGUGGAUGAAGUUUCAUGAGGUGGGAACGGAGAUGAUCAUCACCAAAGCCGGACGGAGGAUGUUCCCCAGCUUCAAAGUGAAAGUCACCGGAUUAAACCCCAAAACUAAAUACAUUCUCCUGAUGGACGUCGUUCCCGCGGACGAUCAUCGGUACAAAUUCGCAGACAAUAAAUGGUCGGUGACCGGGAAGGCUGAGCCCGCCAUGCCCGGCAGGCUGUACGUGCACCCGGACUCUCCCGCCACGGGCGCGCACUGGAUGCGGCAGCUCGUGUCCUUCCAGAAGCUGAAGCUCACCAACAACCACCUGGACCCGUUCGGACACAUCAUCCUGAACUCCAUGCAUAAGUAUCAGCCGCGGAUCCACAUCGUGAAAGCGGACGAGAACAACGGCUUCGGCUCCAAAAACACGGCCUUCUGCACGCACGUCUUCCCGGAGACCGCCUUCAUCGCCGUGACCUCCUACCAGAACCACAAGAUCACGCAGCUGAAGAUCGAGAACAACCCCUUUGCUAAAGGGUUCCGCGGAAGUGACGACAUGGAGCUCCACCGGAUGUCCAGGAUGCAGAGCACUAAGGAGUACCCGGUGGUGCCCCGCAGCACGGUGCGGCAGCGGGUGGGGUCCAGCCAGAGCCCCUUCAGCGGGGAGGUGCAGGGCCUGGCCACCGCGGGCGCCCUGGCCUCCCAGUACAGCCAGUGCGAGAACGGCGUCUCCGGCGCCUCGCAGGACCUGCUGCCCCAGUCGGGCUCGUUCCCGCUGCCGCACGAGCACGGCCAGGAGUACCACUGCAUCAAGAGGAAAGUGGAGGACGACUGCCACUCCGGCGAGCACGGCUACAAGAAGGCGUACCUGGAGAGCUCGUCCAGCGAGGAGGACCACUACUACCGGCCGGUGGGCUACGCCCAGAGCCUGGGCCUGGCCGGCGGCGCCUACCGCGGCGAGUCGGGCCAGCGGCAGGCCUGCAUGUACGCCGGCACGUCGCAGGGCGCCGAGCCCGUGCCCAGCCUGGAGGACAUCAGCUGCAACACCUGGGCCGGCGUGUCGCCGUACGGCGGCUGCUCCGUCGCCACCAUGCAGCCCUACCAGCACUUCUCCGCCCACUUCACCCGGCUGGGCGGGGUCGGCGGCCACGCCUCGCCCCAGCUGGCCGACGGCCACCACGCCGCCAUGUACCAGAGCUCCAUGAGCCACCAGACUCUGGGCCGCCAGUGCAGCCCCGGCGCCGGCAUCCAGCCGCCGCCGGCCGGCCUGCAGGGGAACGAGUACCUCUACGCGCACGGCAUCCCGCGCACGCUGUCGCCGCACCAGUACCACUCCGUCCACAGCGUCAGCAUCCUGCCCGAGUGGAGCGAGAGCAGCUAA